UAAUUGUGUGUUUUUUUUUCUUUCAAUUGCAAUCUAAACUGGUUGUCAUGGUGAUUUGUAAACAUAUUUCUUCGUCUAUUUCAUUAACAUCUUCAGAGAUAUAAUUGAUAAUAAUUUUUUUCUUUCUUUUCCAUCAAAUUAACCAAAAAUUAAAAAAAUGUCGAAAGAUUUUCGACAAUUGUCAAAAACAACUGCAUCGGCAUUACAAUGCAAAAUAUUUUAUGGAUUAAAAACAAAUAUUAUUGGUAAUGCUCAAUAUAUUACUGAUGGGGAUAUUCUUUAUCCAGUGGGUAAUGCAUUAUCAAUUCACAAUAUUUCUCAACGACGUCAAAAACUCAUUUUAUUACCGGAUAAACAGCAAAUAAAUAUUAUAGCUGUCUCGCCAAAUCGAAAAUAUGUGGCAGUCAGUGAUGUGGAUGAAAAACCAACAAUUUCAAUUUACGAUCUACAAAGUCUAAAGAGAAAAAAAUCCCUUGGCAUUCCAUACGAUUCAAUGGGAGUAAAAAAAUUCACCUGUCUUUCAUUUACAGCAGAUAAUAAAAAUAUAGCAGCAAUAACAGAUGAACCCGAUCAAAUGAUGUUAUUCUAUAAUUGGGAAAAAGGCAAAGUUGAAUCAAAUAUUAAAGUUGGAAAUUCUCAAAAUUCUGAAUCAAUAGUUAAACUAUUGUCAUGUAAUCCAGGUGAUGUGGGAAUUGUUGCACUCGGUGGUCCCUAUAUAUUUAAAUUUCUCACCGUCUCUGAAACAGUUUGGCGUCCAUAUGGUUUUGCAAAAGCUGAAAAUUUAUUCAUCACCACAUUGGCAUGGCUAAAUAUUGAAAGACUUUUAGCCGGCACAAAAGAUGCAAGAAUUUUAUUUCUUGAAAAUGGUGAAUUAAAAUUCAUUUUCAAUAUGCUUGAUACAAUAGUGAUGAAUUUGAAAAUACGCGAAGAAUUUGUUUUACAAACAUCAACAACAAGUUUGGAAAUUGUUCGUAAACAAGAAUCGAAUAUUGAUAUUGUUUGUUUGACAGUUAUUGGUAAUUGUUUUGUUUAUGGUUUUGGUAAUGGUAAAAUGAUUGUUUUCGAGCAAGACGGACAAAAUAGAUAUGUGAAAAAAAUUAUUUACAAUGUACCAAGACAAAUUUCAAAAAUUGAAUCACAAGAUUUAUAUCGUAUCAAUUCAAUUAAUUCAAAUUUAAGUUCAGAUCGUGUUAUUGUAACGACUGGUUGGUCACAAUUAUUCACAGGGAAAAUUAGUGGAAAAUCAUCAUCUACAAAUGAAAUUGAAACAAUUGAUUUAGAAACAAUUGGAGAAAAUUUACAUCAUGGACCAAUAAAUGGUCUUUCAAUGUGUAGUUGGAAAUCAAUUUUCAUUACUUGUGGUGCACACGAUCGUAGUGUUCGAAUUUGGGAUUAUGAAUUGGAAAAUUUAAUUAUGAUUAAACAAUAUAUGGAGGAUAUUUUUAGUGUUUCAUUACAUCCAAAUGGACUUUUUUGUCUUAUUGGUUUUAGUGAUAAACUUCGUUUUAUGACAAUUUUAAUCGAUGAUCUAAUGAUGAUUCGUGAAUUUCCAAUAAAAAAUUGUAAAAUCACAUCAUUUAGUAAUGGUGGACAUUUAUUUGCCGCCGUUAAUGGAAAUAUUGUUCAUAUUUAUUCGACAAUGGAUUUUCGAUCACGUUUUCUAUUGAAAGGUCACACGGGAAUAAUCACUGGUUUUACAUGGUCAAAAACAGAUGGAAAAUUAAUUACAAUUGGCAAUGAUGGGGCAAUUUAUGAAUGGGAAAUGUUUAAUGGAACACGUAUCACUGAAGUUAUUAUUAAAGAAGUCACGAUUAAUGGAGUUGUAUUAUCGUCGGACGAUUUGACAAUUUAUUGUAUUUCCGGUGAUAGGAAAAUUCACGAAAUAAAAGAGAGUUCGGUAAUUCGAUCAUUUAAUUGCAAUAAUUGGGAACUUAGUCGUAUUAUUUUGGGUAAAAAUAAUCCAAUGAUGCUCGUUUCCUGUCCAGGUGGAGCAGUAAUUUCUGUAAAAUAUCCAUUACAAGAUCCAACUGAAUUUCAAGAUUUUCGAAUUCACAGUAGUGACAUCACUGAGUUUGCUUUCGCUUACAAUGAGCGAAUUUUAAUAACAGCUGGCAUCGAUGGUACACUUUGUUUUUGGAAAGUUCAACAUCCUGAUAUUCAUAUAAAAGAUGAUUUUGUCACCAAACAAGUGUUAAUUGAUCGAAACGAUCUUAAUACAAAAAUACAACAAAUCAAUGAUUUAUCAAUUCGUGUCAUGGAAUUAGAAACGGAACACAUUUAUAAAUUAAAACAAAAUGAAAUUCAAUAUAACGAUACAAUUCGUGAUAUACAUCAAGGCUAUGGUGAGGCAAUACAACAAUUACAAACAAACAUUCAAGAACUUCAAGAGGAACACGAAAAUGAAUUAAAUAUCAUAAACAAUGAAAUUGUAAAAAUGAAAUCAAAUCAUGAGAAAAUAAUGCAGGAAUUGGAAAUAAAUUACGAAGCCAAAUUAAUAACAGAAUAUGAGAAAUAUAAUAAUUUGGAAAUAAAAAAUUCACAAACAUGUCGAGAUUAUGAGGGAAAAUUAGAGCACCUCGAUCGAAUUAAAAAUGAAAGUCUCAAAAAAUUAAGUUCCAAUUACGAAAUGGAAAUAAAGAGAAAAGACACACAAUUUGAGGAAAUUAAACAAGAAAUGUUACAUCGUGAAAAAAUUAAUGAACAAAUGAGAAUUCAAAUCGAAGACGAUGCCGAUCGAGAAAUAAUUAAUUUACGUGUAGAAAAUGAAAAAAUUUUAGAAAAUGAAAGACAAUUAAUUUUAAAACUUCGCGGCGAAAUUGGAGUGAUUCGAAAUAAAUAUUUAACAAGUCAAAAAAAUGAAGAAGAACUUUUACAAAAAAUUGAUAACUGGAAUGAUGAGCGUGAAUUUUUGAAGAAAACCAUUGAAAAUUUAGAAAAAGACACAAAUCAUUCUCGUGACGAAAUAAUAAAUAAAGAAUCAGCAAUUCAUCAAAAUGAAUUAACAAUAAAUUCUCUAAAAUUCGAUAAAUGUGAAUUAGAAAAAUAUAAAUUUCUCCUCGAUCAAAAAAUUACUGAACUAAAAAAUCAAAUUGAACCCAAGGACAAAGAAAUUCAAGAACACAAGGAAAAAAUACAUCACAUGGAAACAGAAUUAAUAAAUCUUCAUAAAACAAAUAUCAAUAUUGAAUUAGAAUAUCGUCGUUUAAAACAAAAAUUCCUCACCAUCAAACGUGCCAAUAGUUGUGAAUUAGAAAAAAAUAAAAAAUGUCAAAUUCUCCUUAAACGUAUGCACAUUGAUAUUUACGAUGUUGCACGUCUCGUACAAGAACCUCAAUCAUUAAAAACAUCAAUUAAAAAACUCUAUCACAAAUAUUGUAACGAUGAGGCAUUUUUAAAUAUACGUCGGGAAGAAUUUGAUCUUCAAUGUGAAUUUAAUAAACAACGUGAUCAUUUAGAACGAACAAUUGCAAGUUUACGAAAACAAGUAUUUCAAGAUACAACAAAUGAUAAAAAAGAAGAGAAAUUAUUAGAUGAAAAUAUAAUACUGAUGAAUGAAAUAAAUCCCUUACGUGAAGGUUUGAAAAAAGCACAAAAACACAUUAGUGACAUGGAAUAUAUUUUAGGUCUUAAGGGAAAAAAUAUCAAUCCCGAAGAAGCAAAACGUAAAUUGGCUAAAGCUUGUAAAAAUAAUGAGAAAUUACAAAUGAAAUAUAAAACUGAACUUGAAGAAUGCCAACAGGAAAUAAUUGUUCUAAAAGACGAUAUUAAACGAUUAGUACAUAAAAUUGAACCAACUUUAUAAUUAAUAUCAAAAAG